GCUUCACUUAGUUUCUCGCCACCCCGGAAGACGGGGACCGGCGAUUGGGCGGUGCCUGAAGGCUCCAAGAAGAAGGCCCUCGGCGGUUGGGUAGUGAGGGAUAAGGCUAGUUUUAAAGGAGCUGGAGGUGGGAGCCAUGGAAGACCGGGGAUCCACGGGAGGCGACGGCUGUAGCCUGGGAUUCCCCAGGGACUCCCCGGAGCCGCCGCUUCCCCCAAUGGACUUGCCCGGGGACUCCAGCCCACCUGGCCGGCCGCGUCUGUGCCGCCAGCCCCUGGCUCGGGCAUUAUGGGGAGCCAGGAGCCCAAAACGGCCAAGGCUGCAGUCUCUAGGGGCCCCUUCACCCUUGGAAAAGGCUUCUCGGCGGGUCCUGGCUGUGGUGCUGGAAGAUGUCAUGGCUGCUCACAUGGUCCCCCUGGUGCCCAAAGAGGAGACCUCCACCUCACGGCACUGCAACAGUUGUCGGGAUUCUGUCCGAAGCAAGCCGUCUGCUUCACCACUCCAGCAGUCCUCAUGGUCCUUGCAGGCCAGGCCUCCCGACUCACUUCACUUAUGCCGAGAACCCCUGAGCUGUGUCCGCCGGCCUGCUCUUACCCUGAGGCGGCGAUCAAAGACAACCUCUGGCCCAGAGGAGGGCCCUUCACAAAAGGUGGACCAGACCCCCCAACCCACUCUAGUGGUGAUGCUAGAAGACAUUGCCAGCUCCAGACCCCUGGCUGAGGGCUUUGCUGAUCAUAGUCCCAACUUCAUCAUCCCAACGAAAAGAGCUGAACCUGUGAUAAUGGUUCGCCAGCCAGUGCCUCCGCCCAGGGACCUGGAACCCCUAUUCCAGCCAUCUGCCCUGUCUGCAAAUCUUCCAGAGAGCCCAUCACAAGUCCCAGAUCCUGUUCUGGAGUCCCCAUCGACCCCACCACCGUCCAGCCUUUUACGCCCCCACCUCAGCCCCUGGGGUUUGGCCCCCCUCUUCCGUUCUGUCCGCUCCAAGCUGGAGAGCUUUGCUGACAUCUUCCUCACGCCCAACAAAGCCCCACAGCCCCCACCCCCAUCACCCCCCAUGAAGUUGGAGUUGAAGAUUGCCAUCUCAGAGGCUGAGCAGUCCGGAGCUGCUGAGGACACUGCAUCUGUCAGUCCCCGGCCCCCUAUCAGUCAGUGGCGGGCCCAAGACCACAAUCCCCCAGCACCCCUCCCUAAGCCCUCUCUGGGCCGAAGCCACUCCUGCCCUGAUCUGGGGCCCCUUGGCCCAGAUAACUACAGCUGGCCCCCUGCUCCACCCCACCCAAGCAGGCCAUGGCCACGGCGGCACACUGUGGGUGGUGGAGAGAUGACCCGAGCCCCACCACCCCCUCGGCCCUGUCUCCGGAAAGAGGUCUUCCCUCUUGGAGGAGUGGGAGCCUCUCCUCCCCUUGUCACAUCUUGUUCAACCACCGCAUCCACUCGUUCCUUCUCUGAACCUGCAGAACCCAGGUUGGGCUCAACAAAGGAGAAGGAGGCAAGGGCCUCAGAGGACCAGGUGCUUUCAGACCCUGAGACGAAGACCAUGGGAAAAGUUUCUCGAUUCAGAAUACGUAGGACACCAGCCCAUCCUCAGCUAAACCUUACACCAAUGGGACUGCCUCGACCAGUCAGGUUGAACAAGAAGGAGUUCAGCUUGGAAGAAAUUUAUACCAAUAAGAAUUACCAGACACCUACAACCAGGAGGACCUUUGAAACCAUCUUCGAGGAACCCCGGGAGCGCAAUGGGACUCUGAUUUUUACCAGCUCAAGAAAGCUACGGCGGGCUGUAGAAUUUCGAGACAGCAGCCUCCCAAGAUCUCGGCGGCCAUCUCGGGGGGUCCGGGCUGCAUCUGGCAGGACCCUUACUCCCAACCUGGUCCCCAGCCCAGAUGUGGGACCCUUGCUGCAGCAGCGGCUGGAGGAGCUGGAUGCCUUGCUCCUGGAGGAGGAGGAAGUGGAUAGGAAGCGGCCCCAUCGGACCUAGGAACUCCAGCUAUUUGUCCAUCCUCAUCCUGGAGGGAGGGGUAGCCUCUUGGAGCAGUUACAUUUUUUUCUCUAUAUUUCUAGUAAAGUUUUCAUAUGCUUGA